UGUGGACCAAACACUGCAACAUGACCAGGACGCUACAAAACACAAGUCUGGAGGAUGGCAAGAGUCGAAAAAGGGUUUUGAAACCAGUUGUGGAAAAGAAGAGAAGAGACCGAAUAAAUCAAAGUCUGGCUGAACUGAGAAGUUUGCUGUUGAGUCAUACGUCUGAUCCACGGCUGCAGAAUCCUAAAAUAGAGAAAGCAGAGAUUCUUGACUUGGCUGUGGAAUAUGUCCAGAAGUGGACAGAUGGGAAGAGCCGGAGAAAGGACUCUACUAAUAAUCACAUGAAGACUCCUGUGGUAACUCUUCAUCCCCCAGAGUCCAAUGCUCCUGCUCUCUUCACCAUACAGAGUGCAGGUUUUCAGCAGUGUGUGGCCCAGCUGACCAGCUACAUGCACAAAAUCACACCGGCACAGAGAACAAGCCUGAUCGAGGGGCUGAAACAUCACACAGAGAGCCAGCAGCCAAACAAUAUUACACCAGACUUCAACCAGAGAGGGGCCGAGACAGCUAAAGGGCCAGAUGGAUUAUCUGUGGAGUUCAUUUGCACAUCUGAGAGGAGAGAAGAGUCUCCUAAAUUUCCCUCUCACUUCCAGCCACACUCUUGCUCCACACCGUGCCACGACUAUCUGUCCCCUCCUCCCUCACCCUGGCUUUCUCCCUCUUUCUCCACAUACGCCACCUCUCCUCCUUUCCCGUCAUUUGCCUCUCACUUCUCCUUCUCCCCCAGCCUGUCACCUCUGUCUUCCAACACCUCCUUCUUUAGUUUCUCGCCCAAAGCCCCACACUCGGUCCCUCCUGCCCUCCACUGCCCCCCUCUCAUCACACUGAGGUCCCCUCCACAUCCUGCACAGAGGGAGGGGCACCCACCCAACUAUUCUUCAUCCAUGUGGAGACCAUGGUGA